UUUUAUUUUUCGUUGAAUGUUUUAAAAAUACUGAUCAAUUUUCUAAUGAAGAAAAUUUAGAUUUAUUAAGAGACCUUUUAGAAAAAUCAGAAAGAAAUUAUAAAACAACUAAAGAAUUAAAAAAUAUAAUAUCUAAAGGAACUGGUAAAGAAGAAAUUAAUGAAACUGAGUUUAAAGAAAAAUUAAAUAUAAUUCUUGAUGAUGGAACUAUUGGAAUGAAAGAGAAAUUAACAAAAAUUCAUAACUUUUUAAAAGAAUAUAUUGAUGAUAUUAAUAGAUCUCCUCAUAAAAUUGAUUCUGUACAAAAGUCCUCAGUUAGAGCAAAUUUGAGUAAUAUAUUACAAAUUUUUAAGGAUCACCCUAUUUAUGGAACACUUGGAACAUUAGCUUUUCUCGGGGGUUCUGUAUUCGCUGAUUGUUUAUUACUUGCUGCAUCAGUUUAUGCAACUGGAUCUGCUGGUAUUCUUUGUAAUGAUGUGACCAUGAAACGUGAACGAGAUAAUUUGGUUGAGAAAAUAAAUCAAGUUUGUGAUGGUUUAAAUUCUAUUGUUGUAGAAAUUGGUAAAGUAGAAGUUUUUUGGUCUGAACAAACUGAAAGAAUUAAAUAUCUUAUUAAUAAUCUUGCAAGAUUUAAUAAUGAAAAUGCGCGUGUUAAAAGAUAUCAAAUUGCUAAUCAAAUUGAAAGAAGAUGGAAAGAUGUAGAAGAAGAUUGCAAAAAUUAUUCUAGAUUAAUGAAAGAUGUAUUGAAUAGAGAUAGAUUAAUUGAAAAUUAAGAUAAGGACUUUUACGAAAUGGGCGUGAAGAAUGAAUAAGUGAAAAUUAUAAAAGUGGAGGACGGACCUCUCUAAAUUUUUACAAAAAUGUACAAAUGUAAUAUUUUUUGUUUUUUUUAUUUUAUUUUUUUAUGUAUGUACUGUACAGUAUGUAACUUUUUUUUUAAACA